GUGUGGUGGGGGGAAGCAAAUGUUAAACGGCCUUGCCGCCGAACAAAAGUGGAAACAAAAUCAAAAAUCGCGGGUAGUUCUAGCGGAGCGCACGCGUUUCGCCCGAUUCCGUUGCACAUUUGUAGCUCACAGGUGAAAAAUCAACGCUGCGACUGCAAUUUUCUCGUGCAAUAAUUUUCGGAAAAUCCACGCCACCCAAAAGACCCCAUUGUGCAAAAAGGAAUCUACACAAAUUUUCUACGUAAAAAUAUUUAAUGAAAAAUGUUUAGUGUUUAAACAAAAAAUGUGGUGCAAACAAUAAUCAAUUAUAUAUUAAACUAAUCAAAAAGCGUUCUGGCCUUGGUGCCGGACCUACAAAAACAACAACUAAAAGUCUUAUCAACAACGGAAAAUCGUUUAGGGAAAAUCCACCACGAAGAAGAAUCUUUUAGACUGAGCCAGAAGCGGACAAUUGGAAUAUAAUAAUUAUUAAUUUUUAAAAUGUUUUACAACACAAUGGAACUGCAUCAACGACAUCUCUCCAAUUUUUACAAAUUGCACAAUUGAGAAACAAAAGUCUUUUUGAUAUAUAGAAUAUUUUGAUAAGGAAGGACGGAAGGAAGGAAACCGCCCCCGAAAUCCAUUAAAAUUGCAGCAGCCAUGCCGAAUAUGUCUAGCAUUAAGGCCGAGCAGCAGAGUGCCCCAAUGGGGGGCACAGGCAGCUACCAACUACCCGUGAACAUGUGCACCAGCAGCAGCAACAGCAGCACGAUGACGACGACGACAGGAUCGGCGACGCCGUCGCGUCACAAUGUGUCCGUGACGAACAUUAAAUGUGAAUUAGAGGAGCUUCCCACGCCGAAUGGCAAUCUGGUGCCGGUCAUCGCCAACUAUAAUCAUGGCAGCCUGAGGAUACCCCUCAGUGGGCAGCCACACAACGCGGAGGAAGAGUCCGACUCCGAGGCGGAGCUCACGAAUAUCGAGAACCUGAAGGUGCGCCGGCGGACGGCGGAUAAGAACGGACCCCGACCCAUGUCCUGGGAGGGGGAACUGAGCGAACCCGAGGAGAACGGCAGCGGCGGCGGUGGAGGCGGGGCAGAGCUGAUGGAAACGGAGACGGUGAUCAAGAGUGAGGUGUGCAGCACGUCGACGCCCAUUCAGGCGGCGUCCACCACCUGCCCCACGAUGCAGCCGAUCAAAACGGAGCUGGAGAACAUUGCCGGAGAGCUGCAGCAUCAUCCGCGAAGCAACGCCUAUCCCGUGUCCAGCUGCAACGGUCCCGCGAAACUGAAGCUGGCACCCACCCAGAGCGAUCCGAUCAAUCUCAAGUAUGAGCCCCCCCUGGGGGACAACAACUCCCCGCUGCUGACGACCCGCAACAAGUCGAACAGUGGGGGACACCUGCCGCUGCCAGCGAAUCCCAGUCCCGACUCUGCCAUACAUUCCGUCUACACCCACAGCUCACCGUCGCAGUCGCCGCUGACGUCGCGGCAUGCACCGUACACGCCGUCGCUGAGUCGCAACAACAGCGACGCCUCGCACAGCAGUUGCUACAGCUACAGCUCGGAGUUCAGUCCGACGCACUCGCCGAUCCAGGCGCGGCAUGCCCCGCCGGCGGGAUCCAUGUAUCCGGGCAGCGGAUCCGCGGCAGGAAACGGAGGAGCCGGAAGCAGCUACGGGAACGGCGUGCAUCAUCAUGGUAUGCUGUACAGGCCGCUCAAAGCGGAGGCCUCCUCAACGGGUGGAUCGAGCCAGGAGUCGGCGCAAAAUCUCAGCAUGGACUCGGCUUCCAGUGCCAUGGAUCCGCUAGGAUCGGGCUCGCUGCCCGCCUCCCCGGCCGGGAUCUCCCGCCAGCAGCUGAUCAACUCCCCCUGCCCGAUCUGUGGGGACAAGAUCAGUGGCUUCCACUAUGGCAUCUUCUCCUGCGAGUCCUGCAAGGGUUUCUUCAAGCGCACCGUACAGAAUCGCAAGAACUACGUGUGCGUCCGUGGGGGACCCUGCCAGGUGAGCAUUUCCACGCGCAAAAAGUGCCCUGCCUGUCGUUUCGAGAAGUGCCUGCAGAAGGGCAUGAAACUGGAGGCCAUACGCGAGGAUCGCACCCGUGGCGGUCGCUCCACCUAUCAGUGCUCCUACACGCUGCCCAAUUCGAUGUUGAGUCCACUCUUGAGUCCGGAUCAGGCGGUGGCAGCCGCAGCGGUAGCUUCAGUGGCCAAUCAUCAGCACCAGCACCAGCACCAGCAGCAUCAUCAGCACCAGCAUCAACAGCAGAGACUCCAACAGCAGAUGAAUGGCUUUUCGGGGUCGACAUCCCUGCCGGCGAGUCCCAGUCUGGGGGGAGCAUCCAUCAAAACGGAGGAAUCCGAGGCCAAGACGUUAAGAGCGAGCAGUAUUCCAACGCUAUUGCAGGAAAUCAUGGAUGUUGAACAUCUUUGGCAGUACACCGAUGCAGAGCUGGCCCGCAUCAAUCAGCCAUUGUCCGCCUUUGCCUCUGGUGGCAGCUCCUCGUCAUCAUCGUCAUCGUCUGCCGCCUCAACGGCACACCAGAACCACCACCAACAGCAGCAGCAGCAGCAACAGCCGCAUCAGCACCAGCAGCAACAAUUGACCAACCCACUGCUGGCCAGUGCCGGUCUCUCGUCCAACGGGGAGAAUGCCAAUCCCGAUCUGAUUGCACAUCUCUGCAAUGUGGCCGAUCAUCGUCUCUACAAGAUUGUCAAAUGGUGCAAGAGUCUUCCGCUCUUUAAGAACAUUUCGAUCGAUGAUCAAAUCUGUUUGCUGAUCAAUUCGUGGUGCGAACUGUUGCUCUUCUCCUGCUGUUUCCGUUCGAUUGAUACGCCCGGGGAGAUAAAGAUGUCCCAAGGCAGAAAGAUAACACUAUCACAGGCCAAAACGAAUGGGCUUCAGACCUGCAUCGAACGCAUGCUCAAUCUGACGGACCAUUUGAGGCGUCUGCGCGUGGAUCGCUACGAAUAUGUUGCCAUGAAGGUGAUAGUGCUGCUGCAGUCAGACACCACAGAGCUGCAUGAGGCGGUGAAAGUGCGGGAGUGCCAGGAGAAGGCAUUGCAGGGCCUGCAGGCCUAUACGCUGGCCCACUAUCCGGAUACGCCUUCCAAGUUUGGAGAGCUGCUGCUGCGUAUACCCGACCUGCAGCGCACAUGUCAGCUGGGCAAAGAAAUGCUGACGAUCAAGACACGCGAUGGAGCUGACUUCAAUUUGCUGAUGGAGCUGUUGCGCGGAGAACAUUGACAAUUGUUGACGGCGACAAAGUUUUACAUAUUUAGUAUUAGAUAUAUCUAUUGUAGGGUUAAGUGCUCUACCUAUAAGCUCUGAAAACAUGUGCCUAAAAACCCAAAGCCGCAACAGCAGUCGUCGCCGCAGACGGGAUCCGAUCCGCGACCCCUCCCAAGCAUUGACCCGAAACUAUGCGCAAAAAUUGCCAAAUUUUUAUACACGAACUAUACAUAUUUUGAUAUACUCGUUUGAUGAAUGCCAUGUGCUGGAUGGGCGGGAGGACCGCCCCGCGCGCGUUGCCCUGUCUGUUGCUGGCUUUUGAGUUUCCAGUAAGAAGAAAAGAAACAAUUAUAUAACGUUUUUCGCUAUAUAUGAAUGAUAUAUAUACCGAUGACUUAUGUAUAGAGUAAACUAAAGCACACAAUGGAAAAUGAAAAGACUAAGACAAUUUAUUUAAAAAAUUACUACGUAUAAACAAAACAAAAAAAGGCAGAAACAACAAAUGCAAAAUCAAAUUAAAUUUAGUUUAAGCAGCUAGCGACUUUUUUUAUACAUACAUAAAAACUUAUAUAAAACUAUUUUAUAAAUGAACAAAAAAAAAAAAAAACAAAAAAAUGCCAAAACCGAUUUGGUUUGAUAGAAGAAGAGCUGCUAGAAUUUUCGAUAAAUAUAUAUAUAGUACGAGUAUAUAUGUAUAUCUCUAUUUGUAUGUAAAUGGAGUCCAUCCAUUUGGAUGUCCAAUUUUUAAAUGUUGUAGCAUUUAGUUUUAGUGCAAUUUCACACAUGUCUACUUAUAAACUAUUGCUAUAUACAUAUAUAUAUAUUUGGAUAUAUGUCAUAAACAUAUAUCUGCAGCCAGAUAUGGCCACAAAACUAUACACAUACUUGAAGAUGAAAAGACCACUCGAAAAAUGCCAGGCCGCAGCCCGGCCUGCAGCUUGGCAAACAGACUAUUCCAGUGAUGCUAUAUGUUGCAUAAAAAAAUCAACACACAAACGCCCCUGCCCGCUCCCCCAUAACUACAUAAAUCAAAUUUAUAUUUUCCAUUAUAAUUCUGCAUUAGUUUCUCCAUUAAUUAAUAGCUAUUAUUAUUAUUUGUGUAAUCUUUACUUAAAUAGCUGAAGCAAAUCCUGCAACAGGAUUUAAAACAUAUAUAAAAGCGAUAAAAAAAACUACAUUAAUUAAUUAUUUUUGCAUAUAUCUUAGCUAGUUAGAUAUAUGUAUAGCCCCUCCCGGCAUAUGUAUGUACAUAUAUGUCUAUAUAUAUAUGUAUGUGUGUCUGUGUGUGUGCGUGUGCGUGUGUGUAUGUUAACUGUAAAAGUACUUCCAGACCCCCAACCCACCAGAAAAAACAAAAGAAAAGAACAGAACAGAAGAAACCAAUGUAAUUCCAAUUUAAUGUCUACCAGAAGAAGAAGAGGAAAGAGCGAACCAAUCCGUAAAACUACAUACUUAAAAGUGAAGGGCAGAAGAAGGCUGAAGAAGGGGAUAAUCAUGAUUACGAUUUUGCUAAAUCAAAACUUUUUUCAUAUCUUUUUUUUAUGAUUUUUAAUUACUUAUUAGUCGUAAAACCUCCAGAAAUUGUUUUUCAUGGAGAUUCUACUUUUUAUUGACUUAAAUUAAUUUGAAUUUUUAACAAAAAUCUCAAAAUGUUAUUCCAAAAGUAAUUUCUUUUAAUCGAAAAUCACGAUUACAUUGCCCCAAGCAAAAUGGUGAAAAAACAGAUCUGCCCUUGUUUCCUGCUGCUGUCCGUAAAUGUAAACAAAAACUAAAAAACUACAAAAAAUAGUUAAAUGUUAAUUUAAUAAUGAAAGAAAUGCUCCAACUAAAUAUCAAUACAAUGUUUACCCAUAGUUAAAUGCAAUUAUUUAAGCGAAAAAUCAAAUCAAAAUGAAUUAAUAAUUUCCAGUAGCAAAAACAAACUCAAACAAAAUCCACAAAAACAGGAAGGGCGGAUUUAGGAGCGUUCUGAUACGAUGACAGAUAUUUUUCUACUUAAGUAUUUCGCUUAACUAGUGAAAAGUGUGCUCAAAAUUAAGCAUAAAUUAAGCAGAGUUUUACUUUCUGUCUGAUGUUUCGUUUUUGCUAUAUCCAUUAACUCAUCCCAUAGUAAAUAUAUCAUUUCAUAUUCUGUUUUAAAUGGAACACAAUGGAAAUUCAAGAAUGGAACAAAACCAACAACAAUUAAGCGUAAAUUGUCAAUGCAAUAUUUUGUAAUAAAAAACAAAAAAAAAAUCCAACGAUCACACUACAAAAAGUGCGACAAUUAAA